CGCAAAAUGUUGCGACUCGAUAAGUUAUUUUGCUGUCUGCCCUUAAGAUUUGGCAUAUUAAUUAUUUGUGCAGUCGAUCUAGCAUCAUGUGCCGCCUCCGUUGGAGUCGUUACAGUUGUGGACGGUGAUGAAGCGCUGUUUAUAGUAAUGCUUAUAAUCUAUUUGGCACACAUUAUGGCUUGCAUACAAUUAGCGCUGUCUGUUUAUGAACAAAUUGGCUUUCUUGAUGUAUCCUACCUCAUAACAACGCCCAUACGUUUUCUAUUCGUUAUAUGUCUAUUGAUAUAUCAAAUUAUAAGCGAAUUGCAUGACAUUGGCAUGUAUGUGAUGAAUAUUUUAACAUUAAUUGCAAGUGUAUACUUUUGGAUCUGUGCGUACGCUUGGUACAGUAAAAUUGAACAACAAAACGCUUUGACUCAAUGGAUUAGUAAACAUACAAAAUCGACUGAGCAAUAGCAACAAUUUACAUCAACAAAGUCGACUGAGCAAUAGCAACAAUUUAUAUCAAUCUAAGUUAGCAUCGAGCAGUUGUUAAAUAAAUUAUCAUUAGUUACCUAUUGCUCUAAGCUCACACAACAAAAUUCCAUUUUCAAUAAAAAAUACAAAAUGGCAAAAUUAGAUCCAACAUUUUUACAGCUGCCAAAGUUUUUAUGUUGCAUAGAAUUGUUUAUAGGCGUCAUAUUAGUUGUAAUCUAUGAUGUUUUAUUUGCAGCAUUAGUAAUCGUAUUCACUCUGGACUACGAGGAGUAUAGUGACCCGGAUAGAUAUUAUUCUAUCGGGGAUCUUAAAGACUAUUUAUUUUUCUGUCGAAAAGAACUGUACGGUUUUUGGAUAUGUUUUAUAAUAAUUCAUGCUUUUCAUAUGUGCUCUUGUAUUCUGGCGUUUAUAAAUGUAUUCAUUAAAAAGCCGCCAAUGCUCAUUCCAUAUUUGAUAACUGGAAUUCUACGUUAUUUGAUACAUAUUUGCUUUUUGAUAUUUCAAACUUGCGAACUUUUUAAUCAUACAAAUAUGUAUAUUAUCGGUGGCUUUAUAGUGGCUCCUGCCGUUUAUGAAUGGGCCACAAUCUAUUCGCAGUAUAAGGAAAUGGGCGGAGAUGUGCCCUAAGCGCACACGCACACUCGCUCUCAUCCAUGCACACACAAACACACACAAAAAAAAUUAUAGCAUAAAAUAAAUGUAAU